AUGGAGACGAGGAGCUGGAACCCAACUGAGUACAUAAGCAUUGUUGGUAGCCUAAGGUACAUGGCUUAUACUCGACCUGAUAUAACAUUUGUAGUAGGUGUUGUUAGUCGCUUUAUGGAGAAACCCACUAUAAAGCAUAUCAAAGAAGUAAAAGGGAUUCUUAGAUAUGUAAAAGAAACUAUGAAUCAUGGUGUAGUCUACUCAGGAAGAGGAAGAGAAAUCAUUAUUUCAGGUUACACUGAUAGUGAUUUAGCUAAGGAUAUAAACGACAGGAGAAGCACUAGGGGAAUGAAAUUCUAUGUAAAUGGAAAUUUGGUCACAUGGGCAUCACAAAAGCAAAGAGUUGUGGCACUAUCAUCAUCUGAAACAGAAUCCAUAGUUGCCACCAUGGCAUCUUGUCAGGGUAUAUGGCUUUGUCGACCCCUUACAUAA